AUUUGUUUAAUUUGUUGUGAAUAUAAAAUUUUAUUUAUUCAUAAUGCGUCCGUGACACUUUAAAGAACAUGAAAAUAUGAGUGUGUUUUGAGAGACAAUAGUGAAUACAUUUCAGUACAUAUUAUUUCUUAAACAGAACAGUUUCAAAAUGUCAGCUGAAGAUACAAUAGAAACGAUCAUAGGUCGUUUUGGAAAAUACCAAAUAUGGAUUUUGUUUCUAAUAACCCUUGGGAGGUUCCCUACUGACUACCAGCUGACCAAUGUCGUGUUCAUCAUGCCAAGCGUUGAAUAUGUGUGUAUGGAUGAAAAUUCAUAUAACUUGACCAAUCAUUGUCCAUGUUCAAAUCCUCAAUAUGACCAAAGUACAAUUGUGAGUUCAGUGACUAGUACUUGGAAUCUUAUAUGUGAAAAACAACAGUUGGCAAGUUUGACGCAAUCAAUGUUGCAAGUGGGUAUUCUCGUUGGAAGUAUAUUCUAUGGACAUUUAUCUGAUAGGUACGGUCGUAAAGUUGCGUGUUUACUGGCACUCAUAUCAGAGAUUGUCUUUGUGGCUUUAUCCGCGGCGUCAUCUGAAUUGUGGGUGUUCAUCGUAGCACGGUUUUUUAUCGGAACAGCUGUUGGAGGAACGAUGCUUUGCUGCUAUAUCAUCAUAAUUGAACUCAGUGGAAAAUCAUUCAGACCAUAUCUGACGGGAUUAAUUGAAAUAUCCUACAUAUUAGCCUACUUUACGCUUCCCAUGAUCGCUUAUUAUUUACGCGAUUGGAGACACCUCCAACUGGCAACGUCAGUGCCUUGGGUGUUUGUUAUACUUUACUAUUAUUUUAUACCAGAGUCACCCAGAUGGUUGAUAACGAUCGGCCAAAAAGAAAGAGCUGUACAAAUAUUAACUUACAUUGCCACAAAAAACAAAAGACCAACUAAUAACAUAAGCGCUUUAGUUGACACAAUCGUAAUGGAAUCGCAAACGAGUAGUAAUAAGCAACAUGCCACUUAUACAGAUCUGUUUAAAACUCCGAAGAUCAGAGCGUAUACGUUAAUCAUUGCCUGCGUUUGGAUGUGUUGUUCACAUACAUUCUUUGGCAUCAAUCAGUAUAUUGGUCGGCUUCAAGGAAACAUUUAUCUUAAUGUAAUGGUUUCGGCAGUAAGUCUAAUACCUGGAAUGGUCUUAGUCGUUUUCGCUUCUUUGUACCUUAGACGAAGUAACGCUGUUAUUACAAGUUUUGUCGUAGCUGGAGUCUCGCUAUUAGUUUUCAUAUUUAUACCGGCUGAUAUGCGAAUUUUAGUAUUAACAUUCGCUAUGAUAGGUCAGAUCGGAGCUUACACAGCCUUCGUUCAGGUAUAUUUAUAUUCAUCAGAAAUUUUCCCAACGGUAGUACGAAAUUCUGCUAUGGGAUUUGCUUCAGUUUUUGCAAGAUUUGGUGGAUUUAUUGCACCGUUUGUUGUAAAUAUAGGAACGGAAUGGGUAUCUCUCUUAAUAUUUACUAUUUUAGCAUUUUUUGCUGGAUUUUUAUGUUAUUUCUUACCGGAAACUAAAGACAUUGUGCUUUUAAAUACAAUUGAUCAAACAGAAAAAUCAAAGGAACGUAAAACCAUAAGCUAAUAGCAGGUGGUGUUUAAACUCAAAAGAU